GUACUCCGUACGGUCGGUCUGUCUGCUGUAAAUGUCCCAUGUCCCGCUCUGCCAUCUCAUCCUCAUCCUCCCCGCCCAGUGUUAGUUAUCUGACAUUCCAGUCGCUAUCGCGCCCCAUCCUCAAUUCUUAGUCCCAGACCAAACGGCACCCGGUCUUAUUAGUGGUGUCUUGCCCACUCAUUCUCGAGGCUUUCUCGUCGCCGCAGCCGCAGCCGCAGCCGCCGCCCCCGCCGGCUCGCCAGUCAGUAUGAGUGGAGCAAACCAGCCGUACAUGUACAACAGGUUCGACAGCUUCGACGAUGCACGCUUCCCGACCUCAUCCUUCGACCCCAAGGCCGUCACCAGGUCCAGCUGGGAGCCGAGGCCGGCCAAGCCCAAGCAUGAGGGCCCGCUUGUGUCCUUCAACCGCCACCCAGACGCACAUGAGAUCCGGGGCCCACGGCCACAGUGGCAGACCUUCGGGCCUACCACAAAAUGGUGGAUCAAGUGGGUGAGGAUCGUACAGCUGGCAUUCCGCGUGCUCGAGAUGAUCGCCGCCGCUGGCAUUCUCUUCCUCAUGAUCGUCAUUGUCAAGGUCAACCUCUUGACUGCCUGGGUCUUAAGGAUCACCGCCGGUGCGGUUCUGAUCCACUGCGUCUACGGCAUGUUCCACCUCGCGCGCCCGGCUGGGUCGAGGCCCCCCGGGUCCUCCGCCGGCUACCAGAUCUUCUCCUCCAUAUCUGAUCUCACCACCCUCCCUCUCUAUGCCUUUGGUGUCCUGUCCGUCCAUAACUCCCACGCCGAGUGGGACACCAUGCUCAGCCCGCCAACCCUCACCAUGGAUUACCUCGUGCCCUCCCUGUACUACUCCCUCAUCGGCGGCGGCGUCCUGCACCUGCUGUCGCUGUGCAUCGGCCUGUGGCUCGCCCUCAAGUUCAGGCAGAUUGCCAGGAUGCCCCCUGACUGCAACCCUCUCGAGGACCACUUGACCUCCAGGCAACACAAGAGGAACAAGUCAUCCAUGACCGCUGCCUCUACCUUUGUCGCCGACGACGAGAAGCGCCUGUCGACCCCUCUUGGCGCCCGCCCGCACUCUGGUCUCCCAGAUGACCAUCUCAGCCGCCCGCCCUCCAUCCCCUUCCACGCCACUCGGUCCCCUCGCAGCUCUUUCGGAUCGGCCGACUUCCCGGCACGGCAGUACCAGAUCACGCCUGGGAACUCUCCCAAGAAUUCACCCCGGAACUCGGCCACUGGAGAGGACCUGAAGAUGAUGUCUGGUGCCCCGUCGUCGUCGUCACCCCUGUCCAACAAGCCAGCCCCGCCACCUCACCGAAGCCCGUGGCGUGGCUCUCAUCCCUCCUAUGCUGAGGUGCCCACUCGGGACAUCGUUCCAGACUCACCCAGGAGCUAUGGUCAUCAGUCCAGACCGAGCACCGGCACAGUGGCCUCGCAUCAUCCGACCAUCACAAAUGCGCCCGAUACUGCCGCAUUACCGAGACCUGCGAAGUUCACAGAGUCCUGGUACGCUUCGGAAUCGCUGAUCAACCGAACCCAAGCGCGCAAUCGGGCCAUCAACGCUGCCGAGAGGGCGGCUGAGAAGAAGGCGGCCGAGCAGAGGAAGACGGUCUUGGGCUACGAGUCCAUCAGGGACCCAUACGACACCCGUGACUCGGACUCCGAGUCUGACUACGAGGACGGCGGGGACGGCCGGGGACACGGCUACAGGGGCCUGAUGAGCCCGGGGGCGGACGAGCUGGACGAGAACGACGGCGACCUGGGAUCCCAGCACCCCAACCCGCUGCGGUCCAACCCCUCCCUUGCCAGCUUCGGCCAGGUCUCCGGCCAGCAGGGCCGCAGGCCCAACAGCGACAGCCCCAUCAUCCGCAAGUCGUCCGCCCUGUCCGAGAUCGACCUCAACGACCACCGCGUGAGCGGCAACAAGCAAGCACCCAGGAAGGCGGCCGGCGACGUCGCCGACGAGAAGCCUGGGCGCAACUACGGCGGGCUCAAGGCCAGCCUCAGCAAGCGCUACACGUGGGGCGGCGCCGCGCGCAACCGGAAUAGCUCCAUCCAGCCCGAGUCGGACUUCUACUCGAAGCCGUACGGCGAGCUCAAGUCAGCCACGCCGCCAGUCAUCAUCGGCAGCGACAGGCAGGUCUCUUCCGGAAAUGACCUGGACCUGAGCGGAGCCGGCGGCGGCGAGGCUGCGAAGAGGUACUUCUCGUUCGGUAAGAGGAACGUGAGUGGGAAGGUUGCCGAAGAGGGCCGGGGCAUCGGUUGGGCUAGGUAG